CUGAGGGGAAUUGUGUGCUUUACCUCCCACUUCUCUUGGGACUUGUGAAAAUUGUCUCGCGUAUCGAGUAGGAAUUAUUGUAACGCUAGUAAGACUACAUGUCAACCAUGGACACGUAUUAGUUUUACUUUGUGAAGGUGGAACAGGCAAGUGGUUUGGUUAUUAUUUUAGAUAUCGGCAAGUAUUUUGUGAGUAUUGCUUAUAGUAUAGGACUUUCGGAUCUACAAGUGGCCAUCGGCGACAGCAGCAAGUGUGAAUGUCGGACUUGUUUCAUCUGUCGCUUCAGCAUCCUCACAAUAGGUAGUGUUCACCAGGCCCAACCAUGCUGAGUUUCCUCCGCCGAACGCUGGGCCGGCAGUCCAUCCGUAAGCAUGCUGACAAGGCCCGGUUGAGAGAGGCCCAGCGGGCCACCACACACAUCCCUGCUGCCGGGGACUCCAAGUCUGUCAUCACCUGCUGUGUGUCAAUGCUGGACGGCACAGACGUCAGUGUGGACCUAGCGAAAAAAGCCAAGGGUGAGGAGCUGUUUGACCAGGUCAUGUACCAUCUGGACAUCGUAGAGAAGGACUACUUCGGACUGCGCUUCAUGGACUCUGCACAAGUACCGCAUUGGCUUGACAUUACAAAAAGCAUAAAAAAACAAGUCAGAAUCGGACCUCCAUACUGCCUUCACAUGAGAGUUAAGUUCUACUCCUCAGAACCCAACAACCUGCACGAGGAGUUGACCAGAUAUCUAUUUGUAUUACAACUAAAGCAAGACCUCCUCAGUGGCAAGUUAGAAUGCCCUUUGGACACAGCAGUGGAACUGGCAGCCUUCUCGUUACAAGCUGAGCUGGGAGACUGUGACCCUGCGGAGCAUGCUCUGGACAUGGUGUCUGAGUUCCGCUUCAUGCCAGAGCAGACGGAGGCCAUGGAGCUGGCCAUCUUCAACACCUGGAAGGAGUGCAGAGGCCAGAUGCCGUCGCAGGCAGAGAUUAACUACCUGAACAAGGCCAAGUGGCUGGAGAUGUAUGGGGUGGACAUGCACAUGGUCAAGGCUCGAGAUGGUAAUGAAUACCAGUUAGGACUGACUCCCACUGGAGUGCUGGUGUUUGAGGGAGAGACCAAGAUAGGCCUGUUCUUCUGGCCCAAGAUCACCCGUCUAGACUUUAAGAAGAGCAAGCUGACCCUGGUGGUGGUGGAGGAGGAUGGAGAAGAGGAUCAGGAGAGAGAAGAGGGCAAAGAGCAGCAGCACACGUUUGUGUUCCGUAUGGACCACCCCAAGGCCUGUAAGCACCUGUGGAAGUGUGCUGUGGAACACCAUGCUUUCUUCCGGCUCCGCGGCCCCGUCCAGAAGGGCUCCGCGCGCUCCGGGUUCAUCCGCAUGGGGUCACGCUUCCGCUACAGUGGGAAGACUGAGUACCAGACCACCAAGGGCAACAAAGCCAGGAGGUCAGCAUCGUUUGAGAGGAGGCCCAGCCGACGCUACUCCAGGAGGACCAUGAUGAACCGGGGAGCCAACAAACCCCAGGAUCACAACAACGGAAUGAGCCCCAACACAGAUGCCAAGCCCCUCCACAUCAGAAGCCCCUGGUCCCUGCCCGUGGUCAGCCCUGCAUCCUCAGGCUCCACCAGCAGACCUAUGAAAAUCGAAACCCUCCCCAGGAGUCCUGGCGGUGGCCAAUCGGAGAAGAGGAGCAUGGCCUUGCCACUCGUAGCCGAUCUGCUGGAGACAUGCGUUAAUGACGUCACCCAUACACCCGUUCCCAUGGCGACAGCAGGCCUGUCUGAGGAGACUGAGGCAGCCAUGCUUAGCCCCGUCUCCAGCCUCACAGGGGAGGAGAAAGUCUCUCUUGCCGAGGCGGCGGCGCGGCUGAAGCAGCUGGAACUACACAGUCUCUCGCUCCCUGUCCCUUCCAGAGCCAACCUCAACAUGAACAACCAGGAGGAUGUGGUGAAGCUCACAGAGGAGUGUCUGAACAGUGUGGCUAGCAGCUCUGUGCCUUCUCCACUUCGCCCCCCAGAGGACCUGAAGAGGAACAUUAUCAAAGCCCAGGCACAUGCUGCCCUCAAGAGCUCCCUGGAGGAGCACGUUGUGAUGGGGGACAAGAACACCAAUGUACAGGAAGCUGCAGGCAGGCUGAAGGUGCGUAGUGGCCGUAUGGGCAGCAACUCCUCCCUGUCUCUAACUGGACGUCCCGAGAGACAGGAGUCAAGGGACCUCCUCAAACCCACACUGCUGACCACAGCUGGGGCCAGUGUUGAGAUGUUGGCUGUGGAUCUCGUGCAAUCAGCACCUAUGAUGCCCCUUGAAAUACUUAACGGAGGGCAACCAACAAAGGCCGAACCUGAGGAGCUAAAGAUGCCCACCCCUCCACCACUGCGGGCCCCGCUGAGCAGUAACCUGAUAGACUUCUCAGACCCAACCCCAGUAUUAGCGCCAUCAUCAGUGCAAUCCAAGCCCAUGAUAUCACCUCGCUGGAUCAUCCCUGCUGCUGCACCACUCGCUGCCAUCUUUACUAACGGCCUCUUUGACCUUGACCCCUCUGAAAAGACCGCCGCCCCUCUCCAACCUGAAGGGGGGGCUCUCACCCCAGCCCUGCACCCCCAUCUCUCCUCUCAAAUGCACAAUGUGAUUGACACCAGCAUUGUGGCCCAGCCACCCAAAGAGCACGGCACCAAGCACAAAGGUCUGUUGACCACUGAGCUCUGAGUGGGAACCAGGGAGGGAGCUAGCUUCUACCCUCCUCACAACGAAUACUUCCUACUCCUGGUGUUUCCAAACUAGGGGACUACUUCCUACCCUGAGCACAUUCAUCUCCUACUGCAUUCCCAAACCUGGGGGAAGUUCCUACCCUAGUGACAACCAGUAUCUCCUACUGCGUUCCCAAACAAUUCCCAAACCAGCAGCAAUCAAGAGAUUGGAAUUCCUCGUCUCACUCUAUUCCAGUUUGGAGGAGUGUUUUUAGUUUAGUACCACAGUUGGUUCACUGCUUCUUGUCAUAAGCAUUCCUACAAAGUGCACAGACUCCCUUUUAGAAAUGUUUAAAGCAGGAAGGGACUGCAAUAAGUGCUAAGGAAGAGGACAUCUGUUCCUCAAGCCACUGUAUUACAUUGGAGCACUGGACCUGAACUCUGAGAAGAUAUGAAACAAUGACUUUCUACUGACGGUUUUUAGUCCUGUUUUUUUUUUAUUUUUUUUAUUUAAAGUCAUACAGAGUGAAUCAAUCAAGUACCAAUGUUCAGUUAGGACCUGGUGCUCACUAGACGUUUCUGAAUCUGAUUUAAGACUCCGUUAUCAGAGACAACAGCAAUAUGUAGAAUGCAGGCAUGAAUUUAGCCACAUCUAAAAUGUUAUUCCUAUUUUGUAUCCAUAUAAAAACGCUGUAGCUACAACCUGCCUUAAGCUAGCAGAAUGUUAAAUUAUGAUCGCAUAACUUUACACAGUAAGGAAAUACUACCACUACUAUUACUAAUACUACCACUAUUACUACUGUAUCUAGGCCUAAACUGUACUUUAGUUUUUCAUCUUACUGAGUCCACUGCUUACGACUGGAGUGUCUGUGUGUGAUGGUAAUAUCUAAUCAUGUAGUCUUGACACUGUUUCUGGCUGUGGUCAUCAAUGACAGGGGACAUGACUCAUAGGCCUAUUUCCUCUGUCAGCCUAUCACAAACUGGCUCUCCAUUGGUUCUUUUCCACACUAAGCCAAUCACAUACAGGAUCUCUGGUGGUAGGAAGUUGUCAGUCAACUGUAUUAUUCACUAACGUAAGAUGUUAUUAAAUGUAUUUUAGAUAUCAGAUGGGCGGUAGAUCAGAAGUAGGUAUUUGCGAGACGAUGUGCAGCAGAGGUAAAAGCAGAAGACCUUUUCGAAUACAGUUCAUUUGAACAAGUGAUCUGUGAACAACACCCAUCUCAACGGAAAGACUUAAAAUACAUCACGUUUAGUUUUUUUUAACUUAAAAUAGCCACUCUGAGAAGAUGUGGUGUUCUCUCUCUGUGUCAUGAAUAUAAACUCAGCAAAAAAAGAAAUGUUC